CCAUGCAGCAAAAACAAUCAUCGAAAAACAAAACAAAAAAUGUCCACCCGUUUUUGCAGACGAUUUGCGGCGGCAGCGACCAAAAAAGCGAGCAUAAAAUGGAAAAGUGUCGUUGGACUGGAGGUGCACGCACAAAUCAGCACCAAAACAAAACUGUUCUCCGGUGCAGGAUCCGAGUUCGGUGCACCGGUGAACUCGUGCGUGUCCUUGUUCGAUGCCUCGAUUCCCGGAACAUUGCCGGUGCUUAACCGAAGUGCCGUGGAGUUGGGAGUCCAGACGGCCCUUGCGUUAGGGUGUGAACUGAACGCAGUUUCGAUGUUUGACCGCAAGCAUUAUUUCUACGCCGAUCUGCCAGCCGGCUACCAAAUUACUCAGCAACGAGCCCCGCUUGCCCGCAGAGGAUCGCUCAUGUUUCCCGUGUUCGUGCCAGGCGUUAGUAAAAGUCCAUACUACAAGACGGCCCGAAUCCACCAGCUGCAACUGGAGCAAGAUUCCGGAAAGUCACUGCACGAUCCCGUCGAGAGGAAAAGUUUAGUGGACCUUAACCGAGCCGGUGUACCCCUCAUGGAGGUGGUUUUCGAACCGGAUUUGGAAACUGGCGAGGAAGCGGCGGCUUUAGUGAAGGAAUUGAUUUUGAUAUUGACUCGAUUGAACAGCUGUUCGUGUCGGAUGGAAGAGGGUGCAUUACGUGUAGACGCAAAUAUAUCAAUACAUGAGGAAAACACCGCACUCGGGACGAGAACUGAAGUCAAAAACAUUGGUUCAGUGCGAGCUGUUGCACAAGCGGUGGAUUACGAAAUAAAUCGUCAAAUUGGUAUUUUAAACAAUGGAGGAACUAUUAACAAUGAAACGCGAGCAUGGGAUGCUGCUGCGCGUGUUACUGUGCCCAUGAGGGACAAGGAGGUAGUGCAGGAUUAUCGGUUUAUGCCGGAACCCAAUCUACCCCCGUUACACCUAAAAAUCAACGAAGACUCCACUAAACCUGACCAGGAACAGGGCGAUGUGAUUGAUGUUCCCAAAAUGAGACAUUUACUCCCAGAACUACCCGAAGAAACACGCCAAAGAAUGACUGCGGAAUACCAUCUUGCACCGAUAAUCGCCAUGACGCUUGUUAACGACUCGAACCUUUACGGCCACUUUCGCAGCAUCAUCGAAGCGAAUGGUAGCAGGCUACCGUCCAAGUUGGUGGCCAAUUUCCUUAUCAACGACUAUAUUACCAUUUUGAAUCGCAACAAAAUGGAUCCCGCUUCGUGUGAGAUCACGUCCUCGCAGCUGGCCAGGAUUGUCGAUCUAUUGCAGCAAAACCGACUGAACGUGCACUACGCGCGGGCAGUACUGCAGGAACUGGUGGAGACAACAGAUGGAGAAGCAUCGCAAAUAUGCCCAGAAGCGAUUGUAACAUCAAAGAACUGGUUUCUCAUUACGGAAGAGUCACAAAUUCAGCAGUACCUUCGCCAAGCCAUUGAUGCGAAUCCACAGCUGGUGGAAAAAUAUCGCAAAGGAAAGGUCAAAAUGCUGUAUGCGUUGGCCGGUGAGGUGGCGAAGGCCAGCGAACAAAAGAUUGACAUGGCAAGGGCAGUGGAACUGCUAAAGGAAGUGCUGAAAUCGCGAUGAGCAUUAUAGAACUGUUAUAUAUUUGAUAUGUCCGGUUUAGAGAACUGAUAGAUGGGCACAGUAGACCAUAAUAAAGUGAUACUAUAUAAAAA